ACCGCCUCGGGACCAUGAGCCCAGAGGAUCGGGAGGCCUGGCGCCAGAUCAGAGAGGACCCCAAACGCGAUCAUUGCGGCCGGUUCAUCUUGCUGACGACCCCCCAGAGUUAUGACAGCCGUUUCGCCAACUUCGUGAGUCGGACUCGAAGACUUCCCCCGGAUCCUACAAGGAAGGCUCCGGUAUGGAAGACCAGCCAUCGUAUCACGGUCGGCCGAACGUUUCGCGACGAGUGUCAUACUACGUAUGGCGAAACCACCCCUAUCGUUCUUAAACUAACGGCGUUGGCAGAGUGUUGGGCUCCUGCGCACUGGUUUCUGUCCGCGACGCCCUGCACGUCGUCCCCGGCAAAUCUGGCAGCAUUCAUGCGUCUUACUGAAACCCGGCAGUGGCGGGCUGAUCCCUGUACGCGCAAGAAUAACUAUCAGCUGCUUCAGCAGCUUGGAAAGCAGUUCAACACCGCUUCCGCCAAGGAAAAUGUGACCCAGAUUGACGCUAUACUGGACCGCCUCGGCGCCUUCUUCCGUGCGAUCAACUUUCUAAAACGGACGCAGGAAUCCGUCUGGUUCGGCCGCACCUGCCUGGAUCUUCCUGAGCAGAUUGUACAUCCUAUCGACUGUCCUCUGGAUGCCACUGACCGCGAGAAUAUCAAGCAGCUACGUGAUACCCGUCUCGGCGAUAUCCAUAGCGCCAUGCACACGGUGAACCGCGGCGCCUUAAAGGUAAAGCUAAGCAGUAUGACGCAAGCCAUCCGCAUCUGCGCGGCUUUUCCCGGUCUGCUCUGCCAUGCCAAGCAGCAGGGAAAGGCCAUUACGGACAUUCCCACCACGGUAGAACGCAUGGAGGCAGAGGACAUCCUACCACACCCGGAGAACAGUUGGUUGGCCUCCCAGAUUGAUACGGUACUCCGUGGUUCGUCCCGCUGGGUCGCGGUUCAGCGGAUUAUCGACGGCCUGGGUAUCGAAUCCGACACCGGCCAACCGCGCAAGAUCGUAAUUCUGUCGCAAUACCCGACCGUAGCAGUGAUCGUAUAUCUCGCAAUCUGCAAACACUAUCCCGCUCACCAUCCAUAUCUCGGCCUGAGGAACGCUGCAGACCGGUCGUUCUGGGUAGAUAAGUUCCAGGAGCUGCCGACGGGGGCCAGCCUCAUCUAUAAAAACGAGCCUGCCCGCAGUCCCGGUAUUUUUGUGGCUACGACCAACACUUCCUCCCGCGGGCUGACUCUUACCCGCGCCGCAAGCCUGAUCCUUAUGGAGGUGGACUGGCGCAGUACAAAUCAUACGCAGGCUUUUGGCCGCAUCCGCAGGAUCGGUCAAACUAGCCCGGUAGUCCACGACUAUAUCUUCCAGAACACUCAGGAAGAGGAAGAUCAACGCGCCAUCCUUAAAAAUAUGGCGAGACAGGCCCUCGAAAAGACGGUCAAUACAUACGGGCAAAAGGGAUCUCCUUCCGGCCAGCAAGGCGAGGAAGAUGACGGAAUGAUGUUAGAUGAGGCAUUACAGGCGUAA